AUGUUCAAUCUUUGGCUACUAGCCGUCUUCGCUUCAAACGUGUCGAGUUUGACGAAUGAGGCAUGCCCACCAUGUCCGGAUCCUGCACCACCGAUCUUGUGCGAUACAGAUAUACAAAAGGAAGCUGUAAUUAAUCCCUAUGGAGUUCGUUCUCGAUACAGGCUGGGAAAGAGAGAAUUGAAUCAAAUUGUGGACGAAGCCAUGGAGCGUGGCGAUUCCAAAUGCAACAACGAUGUUCUAGAAAGGAUUAUGAUAGAGAGUAUCAACGACGACAUUUUCCUCUCGAAACUCACGAUCGUAAAAAAAGCUGCCGAAAAUUUUGGCGGAUUUUUUCACGCAGUCUGCACUACAGGAAAAUUCUCCUAUUAUGCUGUUACCAGUUUAUAUUGUGAAGUCACCCAUGGAGAUGUGACCUGCUUUGCUUUUAGACAAGAUGAAAUUUCUGGACGAAAUCAUCCUGGACAAUUUCAGCGAGAUGAACAAGCAGAGAUGAACUCUGAACAGGAAUGGACGAGGUUUGUUACCGUACACAUCACAGCACAAAAUAUGCGUAUUGAUCGUUUGCAGGAGAAGGAGAAACGAUCGAUGGUUCCUACUAAAUGGUCCCCUCCACAAAGCAUCAAUUCUCAGGCAGACUAUGGAGAUAUGGAGUCCGAGUUGGCCGAAAUGGGACCUGUUGACGGCGAUGAGGAAGUCGAGAAAGAGUUUGACAAGACAGAUAAAGAUUUAUCCGCUUUGUUAGGCGCUAGUGGGAUAUUCCGCCCGACACAAGAGGUCCCACUGGAAAGCGAUGAAACCCAUGGAUUUGAUAGAAGUGAUACGGUAGGGAAUCUGAAGAGAAUGGUACUGAGGUGA